UACGCCUCUCUCUCUCUCUCUCUCUCUCUCUCUCGGAGCGUGCGAUCACCGUAACUGUGGCGCAGCCUGACGGUGCAUUGAUCGCCACCUAACCCCGGCCCCAUGCAGACGCCGCUUCCCGCCGCCGGUUCCAAGUCGUCGUUUUGGUCGUCCCCUAGGGAGAUGGUUUUCGCUUCCCUUUCCAAGCUUCGUAUCUUUCCCCGGAAGUCAUCAACCGGGGGCCCCGACGUCACGGCGCCAUCCUUCUCCUCCUCGGCUUCGAGUUCAAGCCAGCAGCAGAUGAAGAAGAGCCCGAAUUCUGCAGGGGAAAAUACAAGCAAAAGAAAGAUGAAAACAACAUUUGAUGAUGAAAUUGACAUGAAAUACAGAUUGUUUAAACAAUUUGAUGUAGUUCAAGAUCAUUCAGAUCAUUACUAUAAGUUUUCUAAAAUCAAGCGGCUUUUCCCUUUACAGCCAACAAAAGAUUGGGUGAGGUGGAUUCAGCAUGAGUGGAAGAUCCUAGAAAAUGAUCUACCUGAGACAAUAUAUGUAAGGGCGUAUGAAGAAAGGAUGGAUAUUCUAAGGGCUGUUAUUGUUGGACCAGCUGGAACUCCUUAUCAUGAUGGCCUUUUCUUCUUUGACAUUUUCUUUCCUCCAACCUAUCCCCAGAAACCUCCAGAAGUUUAUUACAGAUCUGGUGGACUUCGAAUAAACCCAAAUUUGUAUGAUUCUGGUAGAGUUUGUCUUAGCCUUCUCAACACAUGGUCUGGCGAGGGAUGUGAGAAGUGGAUACCAUACAAGUCAUCCAUGCUGCAGGUUCUGGUCUCUAUUCAGGCUCUAGUUCUGAAUGCCAAGCCAUUUUUUAAUGAGCCAGUAUAUGCCGAGAUAAAAAGUACACCUGAUGUAGAGAAGCGAUCCCUGAUUUACAAUGAGGGUGCUUUUGUUUUAUCCUGCAGAACGAUGCUGUAUUUGGUUAGGAAUCCCCCAAAGCAUUUUGGGGACUUUGUUGCUGGACAUUUCCGAAAGCAUGGAGGCACCAUCCUCAAAGCAUGUUACGCUUACAUGAAUGGUGUUCAAGUUGGAUGCACAAUCAGUCAAGGGAUAAAUGAAGUUAUUGAAGGCAGCAAGAAUUUCUCAGCGACAUUCCGGACAUCCCUGAAGUUGUUAACUAAAGACCUUUUAAGGGAAUUCACUCGCAAAGGAGCUGACUGCUCCGAAUUCCUUGCUCUGGAUGAAGUCAAAAAUUAAGCUGCCAGAAAAGCAGGCGAUAUUUUAAAAUUAUGAAGCCGAACUCUCUAUUGAUCUGCCCUACAACUUUGCUAGAUUACACAUUAAUAAUUGUCUACCUUACAAACAAUAUUAGCUUAUAGAUUAGAUUGGGCCGCAGGCCUUUUUUUGCUAAAAACUUAAUAGAUUAUUUGGCACUAUAAAUGAUUUGAC